CUGGCCCUGCACAUGGAGAAAAAGCCCGAAGGUUUUGGCAGGAAAGUCUCCCUGUGGCACAGAAGGUGUUKGGAUCCAGCAGCAGGAGCUGGGAGAGGGCAGGGGCUGACUGGGGAGCGCCCCAUCAGUGCUCCAUCACCCRUCCCAGUGCAGACCAGUGCUGCCAGUCCAGCAAGGCUGCAACCACCAGCAAAUCCCCCSUGGCCCAGGGCCACWCUUCCCUCCCUUCCUUCCCUCCCUUUGCGGGCUCUGGCCGAACACGGGGGGACCAAGUUCAUCCCAAACCACAAUUGCCGCCUGUGCCGGCAGCUCCGGCCGUGGCGGAUGUGCUGGAAAUAACCCUGGAGGGGCCGUGCCCCCCUUGCCAGGGCUGCUGUACCCUAUAAAGGCACCCUGGCACCCUGGCAGUGCAGCCCAGCGCAGGGGAGGCACCAUGAAGUCCCUCGUUCUGCUGAUGAUCUUGGCUCUGCUCAGCCUUGGUUUCUGUCGCAGAGCUGCCGAUGGCUCCGCCAGCACCGAAGACUCGCCCAGAUCCGAAGCCUUUGUCUCCAGACGCGCCAGCGCUGAGGUGGUGCAGAGACAGAAGCGGAAUUACGGCUAUGACAGCGCUGCCUACRGAGCCCCGCGGGACCCGCUGGAGGCCAAGCGCGAGGUGUGCGAGCUCAACCCGGACUGUGACGAGCUGGCCGACCAAAUUGGCUUCCAGGAGGCUUAUCGGCGUUACUAUGGCAUCGUGUAGCCUCCACCAGACCCCGCUGGGCUGUGGGRCAGGGGCUGAGCUCCCCUAAACCCCCCUCAGCCCCCCUUUACACACUCACCCUCUCACCCUUGCUGUCAGCCCUGGAAAGAAAUAAACGCAAAUG